AUGCGCGAGUUGCWCUUCGGCGCGGCUCCUGCCACAGCCAGGAGGCUGUUCCUGAGGGAGCCUCCAGGUUGGGUCCUCCCACUGCAGCCUCCAGGGAACGAGCCCRCCGGUCCCGGUGAGCCCGGGCAGCCUCCCGCCCAGGGAAGCCGUGCACCCAUGACCUCCGUCAGCCCUGCACGAUGGAGUCAGGCUGUAAUCAGAUUGAAGAAACUACUUAAAAAGGUGUCUUCAAACAACCUUGAUAUUUGUUCAACUGUCCCAAUGGGAUUUUCAUUUAGUAAAUCUGCUACGCAGGUAUCUGCCAUGCGAAUGGAUUCAAAAGUGGACAGUUACUUAAUGCAAGGGACUGAGAAAAGCAGGUUGAAACCAAUGACUCGAUUAUUUCAAAACACCAAGAAAAUAAUGUUAGAAGACACAAACCAAGAAAACUUUUCAAGAAUUGAAGGAAUUGGCCCAGGAUCUCUUUCAAAGAAAGCCUUGGGUUCAGUGGUAUAUGUUAAAGAAAGUGAUGGACUAGAAAUGACAGAUGUGGAAUGA